AUGGAGGAACGUGACUCGCUCUCCCAGCAACCUUUGAUUACCUAUAGCUUCUCAGGCAGGGUGGAAGUGUGUGAUUUUCUUCACAGUAGAAGGGAAUGCCGUCCCAAUGUGAGCGCGAGCUUUCUUUCACCUGUGCGUGCGCAACGUCGCCCAGUUCCUCAGCUCUCUGCUUGCUCUGUGCUUCAGAUCAGUUUCUACGAAGACAAACAUUUUCAAGGCCGCCGCUAUGACUGCGAGUGUGACUGUGCCGACUUCUACUCCUACCUAAGUCGCUGCAACUCCAUCCGAGUGGAAGGAGGCACGUGGGCUGUGUAUGAGAGGCCCAACUUCGCUGGGCACGUGUACGUCCUACCUCAGGGCGAGUAUCCUGAGUACCAGUGUUGGAUGGGCCUCAACGACCGCCUGGGCUCUUGCAGAGCUAUUCACUUGGCGAGUGGAGGUCAGUAUAAGAUUCAGCUCUUUGAAAAGGGCGAUUUUAAUGGUCAGAUGCAUGAAACCACAGAAGAUUGCCCUUCCACCAUGGAGCAGUUUCGGAUGCGAGAGGUCCACUCCUGUAAGGUUCUAGAAGGCACCUGGAUUUUCUAUGAGCUCCCCAACUACCGUGGCAGACAGUAUCUUCUGGACAAGAAGGAAUACCGGAAGCCCAUCGAUUGGGGUGCAACCUCCCCUGCUGUCCAGUCACUCCGCCGCAUCACAGAGUGA